CGCCCGGUGGCGGCGCGGGGCGGGCGGAGCCGCAGCGGGGACCGAGCGCAGCGGGACAUGGAGGCCAAGCACGGUCGGGAGGAACGGGGGGCACCACCACCACCACCUCCACCACCUCCUACGGAGAAGAAAAAGAAGGCUCAGCGCGCCCCGUCCCCCGCUCGCCCCCGGGAGGCGCCGGGCUGGCCCCGUCCCCGGCACCCGGGCGCGGCCCCGCGGCUGGCGGCGAGCAGCGCGCACCCGCGCCGGGGGAGCAAGGACGGGCGGCCCGAGAAGCGGGGUUCGGCGGCGGGGGGAGCCGGGAAAGGGCCGCUGGGGCGAGGGGCGGCGCGGGCGAAGGCUCGGAGCCGCGCGGGAGAGGCGGCGGGGCGAGCGCGGGGCAGCGCCACCGACAGCAGCUCCGAAGUGUCGGACUGCAGCGCCUCCGAGGAGGCGAAACUGCUCUCGCUGGAGCUGAGCGGCAGCGAUGGGGAGGCUCCGGCCCCGCCGCCUCCCCCCUCGGCGGGGGACUGCUCGCCGCUGCCCGACGAGCCCUCGGUGGCGAGCAGCCGCCUGCAGCUCAGCACCUCGCUCGCCUUCUCCGACCUCACCGAGGAGAUGCUGGAUGCCGGCACCGACGGGCUGCUGCGGGAGAUGGAGGAUCUGCGCUCCGAGAACGACUAUCUCAAGGAUGAGAUUGAGGAGCUGCGUGCUGAGAUGCUGGAAAUGAGAGACGUCUACAUGGAGGAGGAUGUCUACCAGCUGCAGGAGCUCCGACAGCAGCUGGACCAGGCCAGCAAGACCUGCCGCAUCCUGCAGUACCGUCUGCGCAAGGCCGAGCGCCGCAGCCUGCGCGUGGCACAGACGGGCCAGGUGGACGGCGAGCUUAUCCACAGCCUCGAGCAGGAUGUUAAGGUGGCCAAGGACGUCUCCGUUCGGCUGCACAAUGAGCUGGAAGCCGUGGAGAAGAAGAGAAUCAGGCUGGAGGAGGAGAACGAGGACCUGCGCCAGCGGCUCAUUGAGACAGAGCUGGCCAAGCAGGUGGUGCAGAACGAGAUGGACAAGCUCCGAGAGAAUUCCUUGAAGAAGCGGGGCUCUCGCUCCUUGGGGAAGACUGAAAAGAAGCCGUCAGUGCAGGAGGACAGCGCAGACCUGAAGUGCCAGCUGCAUUUUGCCAAGGAGGAGUCGGCCCUGAUGUGCAAGAAGCUGACCAAGCUGGCCAAGGAGAAUGAUGGCAUGAAGGAGGAGCUGCUCAAGUACAGGUCCCUGUAUGGGGACCUUGACAGCUCCCUCUCCGUGGAGGAGCUGGCUGACUCUCCUCAUUCCCGGGAGGCUGAGCUGAAGGUCCACCUCAAGCUGGUGGAGGAGGAAGCCAACAUCCUCAGCCGGAGGAUAGUGGAGCUGGAGGUGGAAAACCGUGGACUGCGGGCAGAGAUGGAUGACAUGAAGGGCCAGGGGGACAGAGAGCUGCCAGGGCAGGACAUGCGGUUCCUGACAGGCAUCUCGGGCUGUGGAGACACAGGGGACACAGUGGCAGAGCUGCGCAGGCACCUGCAGUUCGUGGAGGAGGAGGCCGAGCUGCUGAGGCGCUCGCUGCUGGAGCUGGAGGACCAGAACAAGCUCCUCUUGAACGAGCUGACCAAGUACAAGUCGGACCAUGACCUGGAUGUGACACUGUCGGAGGACAGCUGCUCAGUGGUCAGUGAGCCAUCGCAGGAGGAGCUGGCCACGGCCAAGGUGCAGAUCAGCGAGCUGAGCGGCAAGGUGAAGAAACUGCAGUACGAGAACCGCGUGCUGCUCUCCAACCUCCAGCGCUGUGACCUGGCCUCUUGCCAGACCAGCCGGCCCAUGCUGGAGACCGACGCUGAGGCCGGCGACUCGGCACAGUGCAUUCCCACCACCGGCUGGAGGGACGGGCUGGGCAACAGUGAAGCCGAUGGGCAGGACAGAGUGCCUGGCAGUGGGAAGGUGCCUGAUGGUCCCGCCAAGCUGCUCAAGCCCAAGGACUUGGAGACCUUGCUGGGUAUCCGGGACCAGGCGGCACUUGUCAGCAAAGCGAUUGAUGUCUUGAUUUCGGAUGCCAACGGCUUCACCUCUGGGCUGAAGGCUUGCUUGGACAACGAGUGCUUAGGGAACCUUCUGGGCGAGGCAGUGAGUAGUGGCAGCGAGAGCCCCAGUGAUGCCAAGUUGAUGAAUGUGCUCCUCAUGCGGCUGGGUGUGCUCCAGCAGGACUUAGGCUGCUUCGUGAGGAAGGUGGACCACCUCACCAGCGGCCUCAAGGAGCACACAGACUCUUUCCCCUUCUCUGGCCCUGGCAGCCACGAUGCCACCAAAGAGGGACUGCAGAAGGAGCGUGCCUCUGACUUCCAGCCUGAUUUUAGGGACGCCGACCCUUUCCGCAUCCCCCACACCAAGGACACAGACCCCACGAAUCCCCGGAGCUACAAAACCUGCCGGCCUGAGGAGAACGACUCCUACGCCACCGAGAUGAAGGAGCUGCAGCUGGUGCUGUCAGAGGCCAACGAGAGCUUGCGGGGACUGCAGGAGCAGCUCUCACAGGAAAGACAGCUGAGGAAGGACGAGGUGGACAACUUCUCCCAGAAGAUCUGCCAGCUGAAGGAGGACCACCAGAAAGCACUGUUGCGACGGGAGUUUGAGCUGCAGAGCCUGAACCUGCAGAGGAGACUGGAGCAGAAGUUCUGGAGCCAGGAGAAGAACUUGCUGGUGCAGGAGUCACAGCAGUUCAGGCAGAGCUUCCUUCUGCUCUUCAUGAAGCUUAAGUGGUUCCUCAAGCGCUGGCGCCAGGGCAAGAUGGUGCACAGCGAAGGCGAGGACUUUUUGGAGGUGAACAGCAUGAAGGAGCUGUACCUGCUACUGGAGGAGGAGGAGCUCACCCCACAGCAGCAGACAGACAACAAGAUGUGCGCCGGGGAUGCCUGGACCCCCAACACGCAGCCCAACGAGUGCAUCAAGACUCUGGCAGACAUGAAGGUGACCCUGAAGGAGCUGUGCACGGAGCUGCGGGAGGAGCGGCGCGGUGCCAGCGAGCUGCAGCAGCAGUUCACCAAGGCCAAGGCUGCCUGGGAGAUGGAGCGCGCCGAGCUCAAGUGUCACAUUGCCCAGCUGGAGUCAAAGGCAGGCAAAGGGAUCACAGAGCGUGCGCUGCCGGACUGGAAGGUGGCAUUGAAGAGGGAGCGUGAGGAGCACCAGCAUCUCCUAGCUGAGUCCUACAGCGCUGUCAUGGACCUCACCAAGCAGCUGCAGAUCAGCGAGAAGAACUGGAACCAGGAGAAGGUGGAGCUGCUGGCCCGCUUCAAGGAGGAGCAGCAGCAGGCAGAGCAGCAAGCGAAGGACUUGCAGAACAAAAUCAACCAGUUGCAGAAAGGAGCCAACCCAUGGGCAUUGAAGCACUCUGAAAUGGAGAAGCACGGCAGCAACUGGAAAGAGGCUCUCAACGAAAAGAUCGCAGACAAAGAGACAAUCUCUGAAGCAGAAGCCAAGGGAACCAACCUUAAAAGGACCAAGUCUGUUUCCUCCAUGUCUGAGUUUGAAAGCUUGCUCGAUUGUUCUCCCUACCUCCCUGGAAAGACUGCACCGGGGCUGGGUGACCAUUCCCGAGGCAAAAAGGCAUCUGCAGCCACCCAGCUGCUCCCCAAUGGGAUCCGGGACAGCACUGGCAUUCCUCCCUCAAACUGUACAUAUGUGAAUAUUGAGCAACCUGCCCCCGACAGCCUGGCCAAGGAGAAGCUGGGCAUCUCCUCCUGGGACUACUCACAGGCAAGCAGCCUCUCCGGGCAUGACCCAUCCCAGAAGCAAAUGCAGAGGAGCUACACAGCACCUGACAAGACAGGGAUCCGCAUCUACUACAGCCCACCGGUGGUGCGGCGGCUGGAGGCGCCUCUGGUGCACAACAAGGAGGGGAAGAUCAUGAUUGAACCUGGGUUCUUGUUCACUAUGGCCAAGCCGAAGGAGCCGGAGGAGUCGGCCACCACUGAGAGCACCUACAGCCAGUGGCUGUGCAACUUCUCCAAGCAGCAGCGGGAACUGCUGGAUGGUGGCACAGUGGAGAGCACAGUGCCACCAGUGCCUCGCUUCCCCUCAUCGCUACAUGACCUGGAGAUCUCUGGCAACAUGAGUGAUGACAUGAAGGAGAUCACCAACUGCGUGCGGCAGGCCAUCCGUUCCAGCUCGCUGGAGAGGAAAGUGAAAAGUACCUCCAGCCAGACAGUGGGGCUGGCCCAUGUGGGGACGCAGACCAUCCAGACGGUGAGCAUCGGCCUGCAGACUGACCUGCCACGAAGCAGCGGCAUGCAUGGCAAGAGCUGGUCCCCACGCAGCUCCUCCCUUGUGUCCGUGCGCAGCAAGCAGAUCUCCUCCUCCCUGGAUAAGGUCCAUGCCAGGAUUGAGCGGCCAUGCUGUUCCCCGAAAUACGGCUCUCCAAAGCUCCAGAGGAGGUCUUCCUCCAAGCUGGAUGCUUCCAAGGACAGGAGCCUCUGGAACCUGCACCAGAGCAAGCAGAACGGCUCUGCCUGGGCCCGUUCCACCACCACUCGUGACAGCCCUGUUCUCAGCAACAUCAACGAUGGCUUGUCCAGCUUGUUCAGUGUGGUGGAGCACACAGGCAGCACUGAGUCCAUCUGGAAGCCAGGCUGCCCUGAUGGCAGCAGGGCCAAGCCUGAAGCACCCAAGUACGGCCUUGUGCAGGAGUUCUUCAGGAACGUCUGCGGGAGGGCACAGAGCCCCACUGCCCCUCCAGAGAAGAAGGAAGCCGCUGGAGAGGAGGGCAGCAAGAGAGCCGAGCACCCCAACCUGACCACCCACCACCCACCCGAAAACAUCUCCCGUGUCUUGAACAAGAAAGUCCUCAAGCAGAGCAGCUGCGAGGACCCCAAAGCCUCGUUUCUUGGCCAGGGGAGUAAGGACGCAGCCCUGCGGGACCCCGACCUCAUCUCAGCCAUAGCCAGCGAGGACACGGCGUGUGACUGCAGCUCCCAGUCCCUCACCUCCUGCUUCGCCCGACCGUCCCGCUCUGCUAUCCGCCACUCCCCUUCCAAGUGCAAACUGCACCCCGCGGACCCCCCCAGGGCAGAGGACAAGCUGGGGGCCUCGACCUGCAAUGUAAAACCAAGUGCAUUUUAGAAAUACCGAAACAAGCUACAUUGGAGAUGCACCAAUUGGAUUAAGGGAUUGUGGGUUGGGAGGCUGCAGCGUGGCCUGCGGUCUGCGCCGCCCAUCCCUCGGUCACCACCAGAAAAAGCCUUAUCUGGAGAAGGGGGGGGGCAGCGGCCACAGCCCCUGCAGUAACGCAGAGCUCCUGGGGCUGGGGACCUGCAUCCCAGGUCCAUGCAGAGCAGUGUUGGUGCCCCUGUGCAGCUCCAGGAGAGAACAGCAGAUGUAGAAGCAGCUGGCUGACCUAUUUUUGAGCUGCCUGCCGGGGGCCAGGCCAGGGAUUCACCCAGAUGGCGCUGCCUGCAGGUGCCUUCUUCUCCUGGGGCUCUGUGCAUUGUUCCAGGACCAUGUACUUUUUCCCUGGGGGCUCUAGUCUCUGCCCCAGGGGCUCUGUGCGUUGUUCUAGGGGCUCUGUGCAUUGCUAUGGGGCUGUGUACACUGCUCCAGGGGCUCUGUGCAUUGCUCUGGGGCUCCAUACUGCUCUAGGACCACUAUGCAUUGCUCUGGGGCUGUGUACAUUGCUCCAGGGGCUCUGUGCAUUGCUCUAGGGUCGCUAUGCAUUAUUCUGGGUCCAUGUACACUGCUCCAAGAGCUCUGCCCAUUGCUCUGGGGCUUCGUACGCUGCUCUGGGGGCUCUGCACCUUGCUGUCAUCUUGCAGCUUUGCUUAAAAAAUGCUCUUGCUGCCGAAGCUGCUGCCCCCUCCCGUCCAGCCGCCCGCUGCCUGCAGCAGGCAGGCUGCAUCACUGCCACGUCGCAGCCUCCGUCAGCAUCUCCACGACGGCCACUCACUGCCUGUGUCUCCGGACACUCCAGCAUCAGCCCAGGGCCCAGCAGGCCCAACACCGAUGGCCUUUUGCUCCUGCAGCGCCUGUCUGGCUCGUCACCCGGGUGCAGGACGUGCAGGGCAGGUGCUGCCCACCUUCACCAGCAGCUGGGGCCGGGCAGCAUCCCUGCCUGCCACCGAGAAGCCGUGUUCCUGCACCCCGGCAGGCACAAGCGCUGCCAUGGGCGAUCUUCUGCUGUACAUAGAUCCUUUUGGGGUGGUUUUUAGCAUUUUCAUUGAUAACGGGGGUGGGGGGGUGUUCUGGUUUUGUUUGUUUGUUUGUUUUUUUAAAAGACUCUCUACUUUUCGAAUGUGGUUUCUCAUUUUUACAACUGCCUUUUAAUUAUUUGUAAUAUUGGUCUGUUCUGUCGUACUCUGUAAAUAGUGGUGCUGGGCGUUUCCCGCGGGGCCGGGGGCUGAGCUGAGGCUGGCAAGGUUUUGCAAAGGCAAAGGGAAGAUUUCCUUGAGGCGGGAGGUGGCUCAUUGAGCCCUGGCCUCCGUGCAUCCUCUCUCCCAUCCUCCCAGUGCCCAGCCCAGGGCAAAGCACGACAUGCUUUGGGCAAAGCCACUCUUCCCCCUGCCCUGUCCUCCUGCUCGCUCUCGCCAGCCCAUGCCAAGGUUGCAUGAAGGGCACCUUCUGCCCUGAUGACAGGCCCUCUGCCCAUCCCAUCCUGCACCCCUGUCCCAUGCCUGCUUGUCAUGUGAUGAAUAAAAGUCCUGCAACCCCUCACCACACCCUCGGUGCUGCCUUCCCGUGCUGUGAUGAUGGGGUGGACUGUGAUGCCUGUCCUGUCUGGGGAACCGGUGCUGCUGUGGAGGGGAGUGUGGGGUGGAGGGGGCACCCAUGGGUGGGAAGAUGCACCUAGAUCCUGUCCCUCUGUCUCUACCACCCUGCCAGCUUCCCAGUCCACACACGGUGUCCCAUCCUCUCAUCAGCUGCCUGUUUCUCCCCAACACCCUCCCCACGUGCUGACCCCGACUGUGCCAUCUGUGUCAUCACCCCGUGGUCCUCCAUGGCCUUACUGCCAGGGCUGUCACCUCACACCAGGCUCCUCCCAGCUCUGCAUUGUUCUUGAGAUGCUGGUGUUUCUUUUGCCUUCCCUGUCCUGUGCCAUGCUGCCCAGCAACUCAUCCCAGCCUGCACACAGACCCCCACAUCCCCUUUCCCAUCACUGCCUCUGGCUUCUUGCCCUUGUGUCCCUCAUCUGCAGCUCCCAGCCUCCUCCAGGAUCACUGCAUUAAACUGUCUCUCCCUGAGGUCCUUCAUUGCCCACAAUGACCCACCCCUCCUUCUUUUGCUCCUCCAUCAUCCUUCAUGUCCCAUCCCUUUCAUCCCUGUUCUUUCAUCCCGCCUGUCCUAUAGUUCCUUUUCAUUAUAGUCCAUCCUCGGUCACAUUCCUUUCUUCACUCAUGUGCUCUUCCAUUGCCCACCAUGUCCCAUUCUUCUUUGUUCUGCUUUUUCAUCACCUACCUAACCCAAUCCAGCCCUCCUUCCUGUUCUCCUCUGUCAUCCACGCAUCUCAUUCCUUCUUCCCAUGCGCCAUCACCCAUCAUAUCUCAACAGUUUUCCUGUGUACUUUUGUCUUUCAUGUCCCAUCUCUCCUUCUGCUGCUCCUCUGUUGUCCACCCAUCCCAUCCCUUCCCUUCUUCCUGUGCUCCGGUUGCCCACUUUGUCCCAUCCCUCCCUGCUAUGCUUUUCCAUCACCCACCAGGUCCCAUCCUUCCUUAUUGUGAUUCCCUAUCAGCCAUGACGUCCUGUCCCUCUCUCCUGUGUUCCUGCGUCCUGCCUUAUGUCCUAUCCCUUCUUGUGCCCCACUGUCACCCACCUCCUCCUAUCCCUCUCUGUUCACCUCCACCCCUUCACAUCCCAUCUUUCCUUCCACACCUCUUCCAGAAUGUGCUGUGAUCCACUGUGUCCCGUCCAUCCCUGCCAUGCCAUUCUCCUCCAUUUCCCAGCAUGACCCCUCCUGCCCUCUACUGCUCCUGCAUCCUACAUUACAUCCUUGUUGUUCUCCUCCAUCAUUCACCACACACCAUCCUUUCUUCCUGUGCUCUUCAUCACCCACCACCUCCCAUUCCUCCAUUGCUCUUCAUAUCCCACCUUCCCAUCUUCCUGUCUCACUUGCAUCCUGUCCCUCUCACCUGCUCCACCUUCAUCCACUACCUCUCAUUCCUUGUUAUCCACCUCCCACCAUCUCAUAUCUUCUCUUCCUUCUCCAGUUUCAUCCUAUCCCAACCAUGCUCAUCCUGCUUUGCCUCCAGUUUCUCUUUUCGUUUCGUAUUCCUUCUGUCAAUGAUUCAUCAUCCCUUCUCAUCCUCCAUCAGCUCCCACCAUUACUGUCUUCCUCUACAUCUUAUCCCUGCUUAUCAUCUAUUAGCUACCACCACCACCCAUACGAACUUCCUCCACUUCAUAUCUCCUCAUCUUUCUUCAUCCUCUUCUUCCUCCUCCUGUCUCCUCAUCCCCUUCAUCCUCCUCUGUUUCCCCAUCCCCAAAUCCGUCAUCUUCUGUUGCCCUCCAAUCUUUUUCUUUAUCCCCUAAA